CUAUAAAUCGCACCCAAAUUCACGGAAAAUUUCAUCAAGUCCGAAUUCGUUCACUGAUUUCAGUCGUUUAGAUCCUUUGAGCUUUAGAAACCCUAGAUUGUCAAUGGCUCGUACGAAGCAAACCGCCCGCAAGUCCACCGGAGGCAAGGCGCCAAGGAAGCAGCUAGCCACUAAGGCUGCUAGGAAGUCGGCUCCGGCCACCGGCGGUGUGAAGAAGCCUCAUCGUUUCAGGCCAGGAACCGUGGCUCUCCGUGAGAUCCGAAAGUACCAGAAGUCCACCGAGCUCCUGAUCCGUAAGCUCCCGUUCCAGCGCCUGGUUCGUGAGAUCGCUCAGGACUUCAAGACCGAUCUCCGCUUCCAAAGCUCCGCCGUGGCCGCGCUUCAGGAGGCUGCUGAGGCCUACCUUGUCGGACUGUUCGAGGACACCAAUCUCUGCGCCAUUCACGCUAAGAGAGUCACAAUCAUGCCGAAAGACAUCCAGCUCGCGAGGAGAAUCAGGGGAGAGAGAGCAUAAAUGCAACAUCGUAGAUAUUCUAGCGGCCGAAACCUAGAUGUGCAGAGGCCGGGAAAUUGUUUUAGUUCAGAGCACUUAUAUCUAAUCUCACCUCUUUCUAUGAAAUAUGACUUUUGAUUUCUCGAAUCUGUGGUUUGUCACAUCAAAUCUAUGAAAUAUGACUACUGAUUUCUGUGAAUUCUCCUA